CGUCGUGACGCAAUUUGCGGAAGUUGCGUCAAAAGAAGUUGUUUUUCUGAUUUCACUUCAGCUUCGGUCACCAAGUAAUAAAUCGUGCAAAGUUUUUGUGUUUUAAUAAAACUCUACGUUAAUCCGUAAACCUCGAAGAAAGUGGACAAGUAUCAGGAUGAGUGCUGGAAUUAGAAAUGGGAUUGGUUGUUUAGAAGUUUAUCAGGCCAGCCUGGAACGACGUAUUCAGCAAGGCGAGUGGGAUCUGGUGUGCCGAGAUGAAGUGUUGUGUAAAGAAGUUGAGACACGUCUGUCUGAAUGUAGUCCCCAAGACUUCCAUCCUCAGCAUGGGCUAGAUACACUGUCGGUGAUAGAAGCUUCACUACGAGCAUCACACCACACAUUGUUCCAAAAUAGGCUGAAAAGUCUUGUUAAGGCAUUUGAAGUGCUAGAGCUGGCAGCACUAAAUCUGUAUUUGUGCCCAUGGCGGAAGGAGUACAAGGUGGUGAAGAUGUUCUCAGGUAUGUUCACUCACUAUGUCAAACCUGCUCUGACGGCGCAGCAAGCUAAAGAGCUGUUUGCAUUACUCGGAUACCAGCCGGGACUCGGCAAUGAAGAGGAGCUGAGACUAAGCGCAAAACCAGUUCACUCACAUGUCCUUCUCAAGCUGGCAUGUGCUUUCUUCACUGCUCGUAUAGAGUGCCAGCUGCUGCUUACCGCUGUGGCCUCCUUGGGUGGCAGCAUGGCGUGUGUGCUCCAACUCAUUCAUGAAAGAAAGCUUGGCUGCACUUUUCAAAAAGCACUGGACUGUGCAAAGAGAAAGCUGGAGCCUGCUACAUGUGAUUUGCCAUUAGCUCUAGAUGCAACUGUAGAUCUGUACACAGCCGACAAUGUGGCAGAGCAUAAUCACAUGGCUUCACCACCCAGCCUUCUUUACAUUCCUCCCUGUGAAGAUCCCUUACCACAUAAGAUACCACACAGUAACUCUUCUCAGUCAGAAAAGGAGAGGAAAGAAAAGAAGUUGCAGAAGGUUUCCAUUUCAUCUCUGACCUGUCAAAUCAACACAACACCACAGAAGACUGACUUGAGUCUAAAGGUGUGUGAAAAUGAAAGACAAGGUACAGCGAUGCGUAACACCCAGCUUAGUGCAUCAAAAGUAGGACACCAUGUGUGUAACUGUUUAAAGUCAUAUGAUUUGUAUCCUAGACAAUGCCUCCAGUGUGGAGAAUUUCAUAGUAAGGAUUGUCCUUGUAUUAGGAAUUGCAAUGAGCAAGGGCAUGAAGUCAUUUUUGCGCAGCAGCACAUGAUGGAUGCACUACCCCAGACCAGACAGGACCAAAUACAACGAAGGGAAAAACCAGCAAAAGAUGAUCUGCAGCAACACAGCUGUAUAAACAAACCCAGCAACGAUUUCUUCUAUGUGUGCCAUGAUUGUCAUUAUAUCCAUGAUGUAGAAUGUGAGGAACUGAAAAGGUGUUACCAUAUAGUCCAUAAUGUGCAAACUACAGGAAGGUUACAGCCAGCUCAAGUAGAAAAAGGGUUGACUGCACAUACAUGUUGUAAGGUAGAAAGUACAGACUAUGCAGUCUGCCAUACAUGCAACAAAUCCCAUGACUAUUUGUGUGAUGAACUACAGAGCUGCAAGAUGUCAGGCCACAACGUGAUGUAUCAGAUGGAAACUCACGAAAAUGCAACCCAAGUCAAGCCCUUGCCUUUGCAUCAGUGUUGUAGAUCCACAAAGCCAAUGUUUGCCUGCUUUACUUGCAGAGUUUUCCACACCUUUUGCUGUAAUGAUAAUCAGUGCCAAAGACAACAUAAAGUGCAGAGUCUCAAAUACAUUUGCUGCACAUGCUCAGACACUGAGAUUUACAUUCUGUGUAGGUACUGCUGUGCCCAGCAUUGCAAAAAAUGUUGGUUUAAAAGCCCUCUGGACUGCACAUGUGGCAUGCCUUUUGAUGACUCCUCUGUUUAAAAGAAUGACUUUGAUUUUGUGAUUGCAGAAAUUAAUGCAAAAUCAAGCAAACUCUGCAAUAUUCAGAGGGGCUUGCAAUUUUUCAAAAUUACUGCAGAUUUGGGCCAAGGUGAGUCAUGGGACAUUACCACAACGUAAACUCAGUCAAAGCCCUCUUCGCUUCACAUGCUUCAAACAUGAGUACAGCUAAAAUGUCUAAUUUACCAACAAACAUCAUUGCAAAACAAUUUCUUGCAGUUUUCCCUCAAAAAAGCACAAAUAACUCUUGAAAAUUGCAUCUUAAAUGUUUAAAAAGAAAAAGAAAACUGCAAAAUUAAGUAUUUUUGGCCACAACAAUCACAAAAAACUAAAUCGCAAAAUCCUGUAUAGACUGACUUGUAUUUUACCUAGCUGCUUUAAAAGCACUUUACCAGAUUGGUUUUCACCUGUUACUACAGCCAAAUUAUAAUAUAUAAAUUUACUAGAUGGACACAAA